GUGCGUCAUUGCGUCAGCACGGCAGGCGGGCGAGAGACGGACGUGGCAGCGAGCGGAGAGAGAGGCCUCGGGAAGGCGGUAACAUUAGUUUGGGGAUGAACUUUGUGAAAUAAAGAUGAAUCAGCAAGGUCACAUGGCAUCUUAUGGACAGCCCCAACCUGGCUACCAAGGGUACCACCAGCAGCAGUUGGCUUAUGACAACCAGCACAUGACCGGUGUCCCACCCCCUCAAUAUGGACCAUACAACGGACCCGUCCAAGGCUACCAACAAACUGCUGUGCCGCAAGGACCUUUGAGGCCAGUACCAGGAUCAGCCCCAACCUCAGUUCCUCCCUCAACAACUGCACAGCAGCCAGUAUAUAAUCAGUAUGGGCAGGGAGAUGUACACAACGGUCCUGCAGUACCCGAGCAGAUGCAAAGGGUUCCACAGUCUCAGCAAUACAUGCCUGGUAAUACACUUCAUUCUGGUAGUCAACCGAUGCCAUAUCAACAGUAUGCGCCCUCGCUCAGUCAUGCUCAACAGUUACCAAACCAGAUGGCCCACAUGCAGAUCACUGGAGUUUCCAGCAACAGUGCAUCGCCUGUCAGCCAAGGUUACGGCCCGCCUGCUUCUCGUCCUCCAGCUGCAACUAGUUUGCCGCCUGUGGGUCCAGCAGCGUAUUCUGCAGCGCCUCAGAAUAUUCCCUCAAGCACACCGCAAGAUAAUAGCCUUCCUCAGCAUCCUUUUCCUGGGCAACCCUCCCCAGUGUCAACCUUCUCGUCUCCUCCCACAUCUAUAGGUCUUACGGGUGUGAUUCAUCCUCCUUCAGUUGGAAUGCAAAGACCUCCUACGAUGCAUGGACAACCUCUGCCAGGACAGCCUCCAUCGGGACCUUAUCCACCCCAGCCUAAUCACAGAUCUUUGGGUCCACAGCCUGGUAUGCCAGGGGCAAUCCCUGGUGCUCCAACACAGGGCUUUCAAAUGCAUCCAGCACCUAAUCAGGGAUUUGUACCACAACAGAACGGUUCUUUUGCGCAAAUGAGGGCGCCCCAACCAAAUUAUGCCGCACCUUCCACUGGAGCACCAAAUUACAGCAGUCAACCUCCACCUCAGCAGAAACGAUUGGACCCGGACAGCAUUCCAAGCCCUCAACUUAAUGAACUGCCAACUCAAAAGAAAACAAGACAUAGAAUAGAUCCAGAUGCAAUUCCUAGUCCAAUCCAAGUAAUUGAGGAUGAUAAGUCGAAUCGAGGAUCUGAACCAUUUUCGACAGCUGUAAGAGGACAAGUUCCACCACUCGUGACGACUGACUUUGUGGUAAAGGAUCAAGGGAAUGCAAGUCCUCGUUUUGUUCGAUGUGCAACUUACAAUAUACCUUGCACUUCAGACAUGGCAAAACAAUGUCAGGUUCCCCUCACUACAGUCAUAAAACCACUUGCCACGCUGCCAGCUGAUGAGGCACACCCUUUCAUUGUAGAUCAUGGAGAGACUGGCCCUAUACGGUGCAAUAGGUGCAAGGCCUACAUGUGUCCUUACAUGCAGUUUAUUGAAGGAGGGCGCAGAUUCCAAUGUGCAUUUUGCAGUUGUGUCACAGAAGUACUGCCUCACUAUUUCCAACAUUUGGAUCACACCGGCAAGCGAAUGGACUACUACGAUCGACCAGAACUGUCACUUGGUUCCUAUGAAUUUUUAGCCACUGUAGACUACUGCAAGAAUAAUAAAUUUCCUAAUCCACCUGCGUUCAUCUUUAUGAUCGAUGUAUCCUACAAUGCACUGAAAAGUGGGCUGGUUCACCUAUUAUGUGAGGAGCUUAAAACUCUGUUGGACUUCCUUCCAAGGGAGGGCAAUGCAGAAGAAUCUGCAAUAAGGGUUGGCUUUGUAACAUAUAACAAAGUUUUACAUUUUUACAAUGUUAAGAGCUCGUUAGCUCAGCCACAAAUGAUGGUGGUGUCCGAUGUAGCUGACAUGUUUGUGCCCUUGCUUGAUGGAUUCCUGGUCAAUGUGAAUGAGUCACGGGCUGUGAUAAACAGUUUAUUAGAACAGAUUCCUGAAAUGUUUGGUGAUACCAGAGAAACUGAGACAGUUUUUGGACCUGUUAUUCAAGCUGGCCUGGAAGCCCUCAAGGCAGCUGAAUGUGCUGGCAAACUGUUCAUAUUCCACUCCACCCUGCCUCUUGCUGAAGCGCCUGGAAAGCUAAAGAAUAGAGAUGACAAGAAGCUAAUCAACACAGACAAAGAAAAGACGCUGUUUCAACCUCAGACCAGCUUUUACAAUAAUCUGGCAAAGGAGUGUGUGGCACAAGGCUGCUGUGUGGACCUCUUCCUAUUCCCUAAUCAAUAUGUUGAUGUGGCAACCUUGGGACUGGUUACGUAUCAGACGGGAGGUUCCAUUUACAAGUACACAUACUUCCAGGCACAAGCAGAUGGUGAGCGAUUCCUAAAUGAUCUACACAGAGAUGUUAGAAAAGUGAUUGGGUUUGAUGCUGUGAUGAGGGUGCGGACAAGUACAGGGAUUAGAGCAACUGAUUUCUUUGGCUCAUUCUACAUGAGUAACACAACUGAUGUGGAGUUGGCGGCAUUAGACUGUGAUAAAACCAUCACGGUGGAAUUCAAACAUGAUGAUAAAUUGAAUGAAGAUAGUGGAGCUCAAAUUCAGUGUGCUUUGCUCUACACCAGUUGCAGUGGACAGAGGAGGCUACGCAUACACAACCUUUCCCUUAAUUGCUGUACUCAGCUUGCUGACCUGUACAGAAACUGUGAGACCGACACACUUAUCAACUUCUUUGUAAAAUUGGCUUAUCGCGCUGUUCUGAAUAACUCCACAAAGACUGUACGAGAGUCCUUAAUUAACCAGUCUGCUCAGAUUUUGGCGUGCUACCGCAAGAAUUGUGCAAGUCCAUCUUCGGCCGGACAGAGUGGCUCAUUAGACCAUUUCAGAGGACGUUUAGCAGUCAACCGAAUUGCUAUGGAACUGCAGUCACAGACAGGCCAGCUGAUUCUACCAGAGUGCAUGAAGCUACUGCCUGUGUACCUGAACUGUGUAUUGAAGAGUGAUAUUCUACAGCCUGGAGGUGACGUUUCUACUGACGAUCGGGCCUACAUCCGUCACCUCAUUGCAAGUAUGGAUGUAUCUGAAACCAACGUGUUCUUCUACCCUAGGGUUUUACCUGUGCACAAAAUGGAUGUUGAUGGUGAUGAUUUUCCAGUGGCCGUUCGUUGCUCAGAGGAACGACUAUCAAAGGGUGGCAUCUAUUUGCUGGAGAAUGGUUUGAACCUCUUCAUAUGGGUGGGAAUGAGCACACAGCAUGACCUCAUCCAGAGCAUCUUUAAUGUGCAAUCGUUUGGCCAGAUUGACUCUGGAAUGGCCACUCUACCACAGUUGGAUAACCCGUACUCCAAAAAAUUGCGUUCCAUGGUUGAUGUAAUUCGUGCUCAGAGACCCAGGUUUAUGAAGCUCUUGAUAGUGAAGCAAGAAGACAAGAUGGAGGUGCUCUUCAAGCAUUUUCUUAUGGAGGACAAGAGUUCAAACGGUGGAGCCUCUUACGUGGACUUUCUAUGCCAUAUGCACAAGGAGAUACGACAACUGCUCAGCUAAUCUGGGGCAGCAGGGUGGGAUUGAGAGGGUUGGACGGAGCUGUAUACUCUGAGGGAAAUGUUUCCCAGCUGUAGCCCAGCAGGCCCAGUGCUUGAUGUCAGUAAGGGUCUUGUCUGUCAACAGCUGUCAUGGAAGCAACAUGGGUGUGUGGCUAACCUGUUAAUACUGAAUGUAAUGUAAGGAAUUAAUAGUACAGUAUAAUGUAUAUGAUUUAGAAUCUUCUAUGAGAGCUAUCUUUUCAACACUGGUAUUACUGUGUCCCUUGUGUGUGAGGAGAUGUGGGCAGGAAUGCACCGUGUGGAUGUAUGGAAGGAAAACUCCAAAUACACAAGAUUUCAAGUCAAUAAAUUGAACAAAAUUCAGUUUGUGGCUUUGCUAACAUGGUUUGACUUCUGGAAAUUAUUUUUAUAUGCAUCAAUAGUAAUCAUUUCAUGUUGUACACAGCUUUCUUUUCUUGUUUCUGUUAAUUAGGUCUUUAAAUGUGAAUAGAUUUGUGAAUGAAAAUAAGUUAUCUAUUCACUUGUGAAUGCUUAAACUUUGAUUAAUUUCCAUAAUAUUUUCUCCCUUGCAGAUUCUUUAAAAAAAACUUGACGUACAGAAAUGGCUUUGGUGGGGGGUGGGCGGGGUGGGGGAGAAUUUUUUAAAUGUUUGCAAAUUUUCUGUAUUUCUGUUUCAGAUUUUAGAUACUAAUCAGAGAAGGGAGUAUAUAGCAGGCAUUCUCAAACUGCUGCCCUGUUCAAAGUCAAUGAUGGCUCCAAUGUGUUUCAUAAUUGGAGUACCAACCAUUAUCCAACCAAACAUAUCAAAUGCAAAAAGGAAUGACUUAAUUCAAUCCUUCAACCACAACUUUGUGUUUUGAUUGUAAGCCUUGUGAUUGCAAGACUUUGAUAGGAUUUGAUGCCAAUCUUUGAGGAGAGGAGUAUAUUACUGUUUUCAUGUCCAUUACAAAUCAGAUGAGCAGUAGUGAUCCAGGAUUAAAGGCACAAUUCCUUUUCAAGGCAUUUUUCCUUUGUAUUUUCCCAUUCCUAUUUAUUAGGUCGGUUUACCAUGCUGACUUUUGCAGCCUGCUGUAAAAAUAUAUAUAUAUAAAAAAUGUGCUGUUGUAAACGGGACAUUAAAUUUUGAUGCAAUAAAUACAUUUCUUUUCAAAUGCCUCA